GGAACAGCCCGACCUUGCUGACAGCAUGUUUUUAAUUUUUAUGACGGGGCGAAGGCGCGCAGGGUAAAAACGGCCGGGAUUUUUUUAAUAAGGUUUUUUUGUUGGUGUUUGAGGGUGUGACGUCAGGCGGCGGUUGGUGAGUCCAUGUUGGAUCCGGGAGCGGCCCGAGAGCCGGAGUCAGAGAGCCAGAGCCAUGAAUGGCAUCACCCGCGGCCGCUUUGAGGUUUUCUCAAGCAAUGAUGAAUCACUCAUAAAUAAAAAGUUACCCAAAGAACUUCUGUUGAGAAUAUUUUCCUUCUUGGAUGUUGUCACUUUGUGUCGCUGUGCUCAGGUUUCCAAGGCAUGGAAUAUCCUGGCAUUGGAUGGCAGCAACUGGCAGAGGAUUGACUUGUUUAAUUUCCAGACAGACAUAGAGGGUCGUGUAGUGGAAAACAUUUCUAAACGAUGUGGAGGAUUCCUACGUCAACUUAGCCUGCGGGGGUGUCUUAGCAUUGGUGAUGCUUCUCUUAAGACUUUUGCACAGAACUGUAAGAAUAUUGAAGACUUAAACCUCAAUGGUUGCACAAAAAUUAAUGAUAGCACCUGCAUCAGCCUUAGUAAAUUCUGCACUAAACUGAAAAACUUGGAUCUCACAUCGUGUGUAUCUAUUACAAACAAUUCAUUGAAGGCAUUGAGUGAGGGUAAUCGAAACCUUGAGCAUUUAAACAUUUCCUGGUGUGACCAGGUGACGAAGGAUGGGAUAGAGGCUCUAGUGGGAGGAUGUAGUGGUCUGAAGGCCAUGUUUUUGAGAGGGUGCACACAGCUGGAUGAUGACUCAUUGAAACACAUACAGGUUCACUGUCCGGAACUAGUGACACUUAAUUUGCAGGCAUGUUCGCAAAUCACAGAUGAAGGAUUAGUAAGUGUUUGCAGAGGCUGCCAUAAACUCCAGUUUCUAUGUGUGUCUGGAUGUGGAAACAUUACUGAUGCUUCCAUAACCGCAUUGGGAUUGAAUUGUCCUAGACUAAAGAUCCUGGAGGUAGCACGAUGUUCACAUUUGACAGAUGCUGGCUUUACAGUUUUAGCGAGGAAUUGUCAUGAACUUGAAAAGAUGGAUCUGGAAGAGUGUAUUCUGAUUACAGACAACACGCUGAUUCAGUUGUCCAUUCACUGUCCUAGGUUAGAGGCACUGAGCUUAUCUCACUGUGAACUGAUCACAGACGAUGGUAUCCGUCACCUAAGCAACAGUCCAUGUGGCCAUGAAAGACUGCAGGUUGUAGAACUAGACAACUGUCCCCUCAUCACUGAUGUGACACUUGAACAUCUGAAGAGCUGUCACAACCUGGAGAGAAUAGAAUUGUAUGACUGUCAACAAGUCACUCGAGCAGGAAUCAAAAGAAUAAGGGCCCAUCUACCAGACAUUAAGGUUCAUGCUUACUUCGCCCCAGUUACCCCUCCACCUUCAGUGGGUGGCAGUGGACAACGGCUAUGCAGAUGCUGCAUUAUCCUUUGACAUGAGGCUUUGAGUUCAAGAAAUACUGUGAAAGUGAGUUGUUCUUGCACUGGUGAUCUUGAGACUCCUAAUUGGGGAAAAAGCUCUUGGAAGAAAUCACUACACAACCUGAUUUAACUCCACGUCAAUCUUACUGAAAAUAGCAAGGUUAAUGGAGAAAGGUCUAAAUUUGGACCAAGAGUUAAAGGGAAGGUUUGGAGUCUUUGAUAUAGAAUAAAGCCCCACCCAUGUUGGUAAUGCUUCCAUUUAAAGUCCAAUACAAAUCCUGUGUCCUCUCCGCCCUCCCCACCAUUACCUUCAAAGUGAUAAUCAUGCUGUGAUGAAUUCAGUGUUCAGUAAUGGUGCAGACUGCUUCACUAACCAAUUGCAUUGUAAUAUGUCAGGCAUGUAGCUGAUGAAGUCAAAUUGGUUAAUGGACCCCAGGCAUCAGAAUAUUGAAAGGUGUAAAGUUUGGGAUCAUUCUUUUAUUUCUAUACAUGUAGCUGUGAUAUUAAAGGAAAGAUCUUUGUUUGGCAGCAGUUAGGUUCACAAAAUAGUGAGACUGCACUUUUCCAAUAGGGCAGACAUUUUCAGUAUGUGACCUGAUUUGAUAACUACAUGUGUUGAACAUCUUGUUUGAGCGGGAUACAAAUCGGUAGUACUUUUCUGUGAAAACGUAAUCUGUUUAUCUAAAGUGGCUUGCAAUAUUUAACUGGAUCUGAAUAUGAAUAAGGCAUGAUUGUUUCUAGGAUUAAAGCCAAUUUUAAAGCUUCAUCCACAUAUCCCAGUAAAAGUGUAAUUUUGGGAUUCAGAAUAAAAGACUGUAUAUACACAGUGGUCAGUGAAUGUUUCUGUUUUCAGUCCAUUUUUGCAGAGGGGCACUUUACAAGUCUUUCUACAGUAGGAAUUGUAAAUUCAUAUUAAGACAUGACAGAAUCAGAUUAGAAUUUAUUUAGUCUAAAUUUACCUAAAAGACCUUUUGUCUUAAAUCUUGUGGUGAAAAGACAAAGUUUAUAUCCAAAAUAUUGAUGUAUACAUUAGAAAUUAACACAACUGGAUUCUUAUCAAAUGUGUUUAUAACUUUACUGUAAAUCUUACAAUCAUACUACUAAAAUGUAAUUUUAAAAAAUGGAAUAAAGUAAUAAUUACAGUU